UACUUGAAGAGAAAAAAGGAGUAAUUAUAGUGUCCUGUUAAUUAUGUGAUAAUAUAAAAUAUUGGAGUAUUAACAAACCUUAAGCCGGCCUAAUUGGUCUUUACGCCGCCGGAGACGGAUUUCCUGUAAAAGUAGUCGGCUUUCCGACCUAUACCUAGCCGCCACGUGUCCUACUCCUCGGCACCCUAAGACCGACGCCGUCACGCCAUCUCUGUUUUUUCCGUCCACCGAUAAAUUGUCCAAAAAAUAAAACUUUUACCCAAAACUAAACUCAAAUACUAACCAAACAGUCCCUUCCCUCAUUAUAUACCGCCGGUCAACCGAAACCCUAACCUAAAAUUCCUUCUUCAUCUUCUCUUUCUACAAACUCUCAGAUCGGCGUACCGGAAUCUGCUAUAACGGUUUAAGUUUAUGGAGAACGACGAAGAAACUCAGUCCCAUCAGUCCGGUGGUUCUGGAUCUCCGGAAUCGCCGCGAUCUAACGGGAGGAUAACGGUGACGGUAGCAUCAGCGCCUCCUCAGAACACCUUGACUUUGGCUCUACCGAUACAGCAAUCGAGACCUGCUGGAGCGUCUGGCGGCGGUGGUAGUGGUGGUGGUGGAAGGGAGGAUUGUUGGAGUGAAGAGGCUACGGCUGUACUGAUCGAGGCUUGGGGUGAGCGGUACAUGGAAUUGAGUAGAGGUAAUUUGAAGCAGAAGCACUGGAAAGAUGUUGCUGACAUUGUUUGCCGUCAGGAGGAUUAUAGAAAAACGCCUAAAACUGAUAUUCAGUGCAAAAAUCGAAUUGAUACUGUAAAGAAGAAAUACAAGCUGGAGAAAUCUAAGAUCGCUGCGGGUCAAGGACCAAGCAAGUGGCCUUUCUUUGAUAAGCUCGAUAUGUUGAUAGGUCCGACGGCUAAGAUCAAUCCUACCGUCGCUGCCGGACCGUCUAAUUUGUAUUCAGGUAAUCAGCAUGUGCCUAUGGGUAUUCCUAUGGGAGUCAGGUCCCUUCCUCAGCUUCGACAACAUCAACAGCUGCAGAAGCAAAAGCAACCGUCCCGGAAAAGGCCUCACAUGGAUUCAGACACAUCGGAAUCGGAGUCAGAACCGGACCUUUCACCUGCUUCAACCGACAGUUUUCCUCCGGGCACAUUUCAAAAAAAGAGACCAAGGUUUCAGAAGGAAAUGCUGAAUUCAAGCGCAUUAAGGCAGGGAGGAAUUGGAAUUGGAGAAGCUAGUGGAAAGGAAGGUGGAAACAAAAAUUGGGGGAAUUCAGUGAGGGAAUUGACACAGGCAAUACUAAAAUUCGGGGAAGCAUAUGAACAAACAGAGAGCGCGAAGCUGCAACAAAUGGUGGAGAUGGAGAAGCAGAGGAUGAAAUUUGCGAAAGAAAUGGAAUUGCAGAGAAUGCAGUUCUUCAUGAAUACACAAUUGGAAAUUUCACAGCUUAAGCACAGGAGAAGUGGAAACAGCAACCAUCACAGCAACAACCAUGCUGCCGCCACCAGCAACCAUAACAACAACAACAACAACAACAGUGAUAGCAGUAUUUAAGGUCUAAUAAAGAUCUCGGUAUCUGACAGAGGUUUGUAUUUGUAAUGCGUCUUCAUUUGAAAGCCAAGUUGUAGAAUAUUAUAUAGUUCAUUAAUUCUCAAUUGAUAGUUUAUUUGACUGAACUAAGCUUUCCAUCUU